AUGACUGUUAAUAAUACUGUUUUAUAUUUUAUUCGUACAGGUGAUGGUAUUGCUUGGUACAUCAUUAAAAUCGAUGAUACCAAUUACCUAAUUGACGGUGGUCCUUCCACCUUCCCAUCUUAUCAAUAUUUUAAAUCUGUCCUCUCAGAGCAUAAACUCUCUCAUUUUAAAAAGAUUAUUAUUACGAAUCCACGUAAAAAGCAUCUUGGUGGUAUACAGAGAUUGUUAAAAGAAGAAUACCUUUCACCUAAUGGUAUUCAUGCUUUAAAUAUUGAUCAUGUGAUCAUGACUGAAGAAUUUAGAAAUAAAAAAAUUAUCGAUAUUUUAACCAACAUCGGAUUUGGAUUGGAUAAUAAAGAGCCAAAAGUUGUACAUCCAGAUACAAUUAUGGAAUUCUUUUUUCAUAAAAGUGGGAAGCAACUAAUUUUAAAGCAUAAAGAACAAGACGUGGAUUCAUCAAGUAUACUUACAUAUGUACAAUAUGAUAACGACAAAACCAAAAAAUCCGUAUUUCUCACGAGUGAUAAUGUUGCUUCAUGGAUACAAGAAGUAUUAACCACGAAGUUAAACUUAUAUCAGCCAAUGCAACCAAAUGAACGUCCAUAUAUUGAUAUCUUUCAGGUACCUCGCCAUGGGUCAAAAAUUAAUUCAAUAAUUACAGAAACUUAUGUCCAUCCACCCAAAUAUGUGCAUCAACAAUUUGCUUUAAUGAUCAUUUUGUAUUAUAGCGGCCAAUAUGGCUUUAAUGAAACAAACAUUGACGUUAACGCAGAUUUCGAAAUGAUGCUUAGCUUUAUUAAUUUCAAAGCAUUUAAUAAAGCAGCUCUAUUGCAGGGGUAUAAUCAAACCUUUUCAAAUCGAACUGCAAUUAAACGUUUUUUAAAGCUUAUGGCAAAAGCAUUAACUAUUCGAAGCUCUUCAAAAGACCAUAAUGUUGAUUGGGAUUGGAAUGAAAUUAAUUGGUCAGAGGUUUUAAGAAAAUUAUACAGGAUUUAUAAAACGAACCAGAAUGCCGAACCACGUCAUUGGCCAAAAUAUGAUUUUAUUAAAGAUGUAAUUGGGGAAGAUAUUACUGAGGAACUACUUAAUUCAUAUUAUAAAAGUAUAAAAGAAAGAAUAUUUGACAAUUUCGACCUUGUCAUCUCCACAAAAAAUAAAAUAAAACACCGACCACAAUAUGCAACACAUUUCAGGCCACUACUUAGUCCAAUGUGGCAUUGUCUUAAUAUCUCUCCUUUAGCAUUUCGAUAUAUAGUAUCUUCUAUCUCCAAUUUUUAUAAAUCAUUUAUUGUGAGGACCUAUAUUAUCUCUUCAGGAUCGAAACAUGGACAUCCGAGUCCAUUAGUAAUAAUUGGAAUUAUUAAGUCUAUUUUAGAGGAUUCAAGAAAUGCAAGAAUCUUGUUAACUGGUGGAUCAAAAAUUAAUAUGAAUUCAUUAGCUUCAACUGUCGAUGAUUUGUUGAAAAUUGAGAAGGAUGAAUUCUAUAACAUAUACAAACUUUUAAACAAACACAUUAAAAUUUAUGCAAUUAAUGACAAUUCAUUUGAGGUUGGCAUCAAUCUUUUUAAUGACGAAUUCGAAGACCCAAAAAGUGUAAGACUUUUGAGUUGGAAUUGUUCUGAUAGUAAAGAAAUAAAAAAAAUCUCUGAUAGUUUUAAACCUAUUCCGGAACAACCAAUCAAUAAAAUCUCUGAAUUUUAUAUCAAGAUUUCAAUUAAUGAUGAACAACUUUGGCUCGGUGUUAGCAAGAAAGGAAACUUGAUUCCUUCAUAUAAACCUGUUUCGUUUUUUAUAUCCAACGUACCAUUUUUAGAUCAAAUUGCAUAUCGAAUUUCUAGUUGUAAUUCCAACUUUAUCGUUAGAUUUGAGUGGGCAACCAGGAAUAAAUAUGAUGAUUUUUAUUUAAUAGAUUUAAGUACGGAACAAGAUCUUUAUUAUGCACUUGACUAUGAUGAUGACUUUUAUGUAGUUCCCUUACAUUUUAAGAAGCAACUUACCAGUGAGGAAAAUAGUGAACAUAAUACACUUUCUGGUUUGACAAUUAUAAACGCUCUUAAUUAUAUUAUAAGAGCCUGCAACGUAAAAAAGGUAUUCAAAUCCUUUUUAAAUGAAUGUUUACUUCUUCAAGCUGACUUAGACUCAGAACUUGAAUGGAGAUUCACUCAGAAUAAUCUAAUUGAUAUAAAAAGUGCUAUUAUCAGAUUAAAAAAGUCAGAGCUUCAAAAAUUUUGUUCUUUUUCCCCUUUUUUUAAACAUGCAACAGCUAUGCAGGUUAAUAUUGAAAAUGCACACCUCGAUAAUCUGCAAUUAGAAAUUAAGAUAUUCUUAGACAAUGGAUCAAAAAGUAACUGGGUAUGGACUCCAGAGAUAUCAGAUAUAUCUAUAACCAAAUCCGUUUACGAUUAUCUAUUGAAUGCAAAUGUUUCACAAAAGAAGUGGAAAGACAUUACGUUCAGUUAUUUAAGUUUAUUAAUAAUGCCUCCAUUAAUGGUAACGCCGGAAUUUCUAAAAGUCCCUUUACCUUUCUUAUCUGGCACUACAUUGUUAGAUCUAAAAGUUAAUAAAGAAAUUUCGGAUAUUAAUUUUGAAAUUGGUCCUACUGGUGCUAGAUUGAUUCAAAUUGAACUUUUUUUAGAUUUGGAUAUAUCAAUAAAAGAAAAUAUUUUUUAUCUUGAUGGCAUCCAAAUUUCACAAUUGAAUAACAUUAAAGCUACAAUUAUUAACUCGGAUGCUGUUAAUGGUGAUCCAAAUAUAACUAUAGAGGCGCAUGCUAAUAUCAAGGACAAUUCAAUAAAGAUAUUAACUAAAAACGAAAAUGAACAAGUUUUAAAAGUGAACUUUAACGAUGAUACAACUUUUGAUAAAAUUGCACUGGCUUUAAAUGUUUCUGAAAACAUAUACAAUAAACUUAGGGUCCCUUUAUUUAACACGUUAUUGAAUGAAUUUUUAAAGGACAUUAAACCGGAAUUUGGUUUAUUAUUUUAUCCAAUAACUGAGCCUCCCACAAUGAAUUUUUAUCUUAAAAAUAUUAGCAUUUUUUCGAACAAAUUUCCUGAGAUGAAAAAAUUCAUACCUUCCCAAAUUUACCAAAAUUUAAGAUUAACAAAUGUAUCCAUCGAUAUUUCUAUAUAUAACCCAUUAUAUAUUGAAAAUACAAUUGGUUUAGAUAUCAAAUUUAAUCUUUUAACCACGGAUGAUAAAAAACUUGCUGGCAACCUUUCUUAUAUUCCUGUUAAAAACACAGAACAGCCUAUACUGGUCUCUAUCAAACCCCAAGAUUUAGAUGAUAAUAAUCCAUUAAACGUAAAGGAAAUGUUAAAGACCAUUGGUUUAUAUGACACAUUCGAAAAGCUUAAUGAAGUCUCACCAAUAUUAUGGUUUCAUGUGAAGAAUUUAGAAUCCGUGAAUUUUCAAUAUCUUGAGUUACAAAUUAAAUUGAAUGAACAGAAUGCUAUUUAUGAAAUUGGUGAUUUCACUUUUGGAAUUUCAAUUCCAAAGUUCAUAAUCAAGGAGGGCGUUAUUGAAGUUAUAAACGCAAUCAUAGAUUUAGGAUAUAAUGGCACACUAUGGUCAGGAAGUAUUCAUGGAAUAGCUGAGAUAAUUGGAAAAGAUACAAAGUAUAGUUGUCAGAUCGAAUAUAUGCCACCAACAAAAGAGCAGCAUGGACGUCUAUUAAUUAAAAACAUUGAUGAAAGUCUUAAUUUAAAAGAGAUUAUUCAAAUUUUACAACUUGAAAAUAUUUCUAUAAUACCAGUUCUUGGAAAACUUUUUGAAACAAUGAAUAUUUCGAAGAUUAAUAUUAAUCAAGUUAAUUCGGAUUACUCAGAUUUUAUUAUUCAAGAUUUGUCGUUUAUACUUCAAUCAAAUAAACUUAUACUAGGACCUUUAACUAUAGAACAAUCGGAAGUGUGUAUUUCCUAUUUUCCUCCAAAAAAUGAUAAAGAUUCAGCAAUAUGGAAGUUCAGCAUUGAGGGAUAUAUUGAUAGAAUGAUUGCUUCAUUAAUUUACAAUAAUGAAAAUCGUAAAAUUCAGGCCACUUUAGUUCCAGUUAAAAGUAAAAAACUUAAAGAAAUUAAGUUCAUAAAAGCACCUAAAUUUUCUGAUAAUUCUAUGUAUUCUCAGGUGUGUGAUUCAGAAAUAACAAACGUCGAAUUGAUUAUUAAUAUCCAUAUGGAUAGUGUGUAUGUCGAAACUUUCAAAACCAAAUUAGGAAAAGUAUUAUCAUAUGAUGGAUUUAUUCUUGAUAAUUUAACAUUUAAAUAUGAGGAGGUGAAAUAUAUGCUUAUAGAUAAUCAUAGUCCCAAUAAUGUAGCUCCGCCUCAUAGAAAACACAUAUUAAAAGCUAUAAUUUCUCGUAAGGAAGAUAUUAGUGCAGAAAUAGAAAUUGAUUGUUCUGAAAAUGUCGUAGAAGCUUCUAUUACUUCAUUUUCAGAUUCUUCAUUAUUAGGCAUAUUAAAAUUUCUAAUAGGAUAUAAACAAACUUUACCAGAUUUAUUACCAAAGUUACCAAAUUUACCGAUUUUUGAUAAUAUUAAAUUGGAUCAAAAAUUUUUUGUAAAAAUUUCGAUAAAGCCAUUCAAAAUAAUUGCCUUCAAUAUUUCUGUUGAGAAUGAAAUAGACAGAUAUGAAAUCCCUUUAAUAACUUUGCAACCUUUUGGAGUAUCAAUCAAUUACGAAUAUGAUCUCGAUAGAAAAAAAGAAAAACUUGAAGGGAUAUUUUAUGGAACAUUUCUCUUGCUUGAUAUGUCAGAGCUCAGAUUAAAAUUUGCAAGAUCAAAUACUGAAGAUGAAAAUAUAGUUGUUGCAAGUAUAGAAUCUAUCAAAAACGAAGGCUCUAUCUAUAUUUCAGGUGUUGUUGAUACGUUGCUAAAUGAUGUAAAUGAAGAUAAAGGUUGGUCGACCCACACUCCCAAGGAAAUGAGAUCACCAAAAUUCAUCGUAAAAUCUCAAAAUAGUUCACAACCAGUUACAUUAUCUGACAUGAUCUUGGCAACUGAGGAACAAGCUUACCUUCACAUUAACCUUGCCGAAACAUCUGUUGCGCUAUAUGCAUCAAUCAAAUCAAUCGGUAAUGCUUUGCUCUUAGUUAAAAAGUUGAAUACAAAGACUUCAAUUAACAAUGAAUUUGGAUACCUAUUUUCAUUAAAAAUACCUAAUGAUUUUCAAUUCAAAGACUUAUUUAAAUCAACAAACAUUGUAUAUAACAUAGACGAGAUGCUGCCUUUGAAGCAAGCAAAUCUUGUGCUUGCGUCAUAUGAGAGCAUAACAUUUGAAAAUGCUAAAAAGGAAUUAAAUAAAAUAAUCAAAGAUCUCAAUGAUAAUUUAAACUUGGACGAUGAAAAUUCUAAAGAUAAAAAACAAAUUGAAUUUGAGGAUAUUAUUCCAAUUACAUUACCUGAUCGAAAAGAUAUUUAUGAACCGAUAUUAGUACAAGGUGUAAAUUUAUAUGCAAUUUUAGAUUAUACUAAGGAACAUUCGUUUUUAUUAAAAAACCCUUGUGCAACAACAGAUUUGGUUUCCAAAUCACCAAAAAUAUUGAUUCAAUUAUCUUUACGCACUGAUGCAUCUUUGUCUGAAAGUGAAUUUAAAGCAACCAUUGAAGAUUUAACACUUUAUUGUGGCAUAAGUUUUGAAAAAAUUUCAUUUUCAUAUAAACCAGAAAAUAAUGAUUCUAAUAAAUCUGAAUUAAUUAUUUCUGGAGAUUUGAAUUUUGAUAAACUUCUUGGUACGAAAGGAGUUAAUAUAAAGGGCAAGUUGAUCAUCAAAAAAGGAAGCUCAUCAUUUGAGGUGAACUCAGAAUUAUUAAAGUCACAGGUCAUUGAACAUCCAUUUGGAAUGAGCGGGAUAUGUAUUAAAGAAUUAGAUUUUGGAAUGAAUUUUGAAUAUGACCCUGAUUUUGUCAUAAUAGAAGCUAAUAAAGCAUUUAAUAGAAAGUUACAAAAUAGGACGCAUUUAAUAGGCAAAGUUAGUUUUCGUUCAGAAAAGUUGAAUAUGGAAACUAUUUUAAAGGGAAGGAUUUUAUUCGUAAACGGAACACCGACACCAUGUGUUUGCAGUAUAAGCAUUGAAAAUCCAAUUGAAAUUACACAUUUACUUGCUACAAUACUUUCUGUGGAAUGGCCUACAGAUUUUCCUAAUAUUAUUUUUACUGAUGGAGAGAUUUAUUACAUGGCAGAAAACUUUCCUGAAGAUAGAAUAAUAAUCGAUGGAAAUGUUUAUUAUAAAGGAUACAAGAUUAGAGCAUUAAUAGAUUUUUUUGGAAUGGUCAAUAUUUCAAUCACUGCUCAAGUUAAGAAAGGAAUGAUAAUAAUUAAAGCGGAGAAUAUUAAUUCAGAAAUAAAUUUGGGAUUUAUUAAAAUCACUAAAUACAACUUGACCAUAGAGUCACAUAAACAUUUAACAAGUAAAACUUUAGAAUUAAGUAAAAGUAAUCAUAGCAUUGAUAUUAAUGGUUUUCUUGAAUUAUUUAACAUGAAGACUGCUGAAUUUAAAUUAAAUUAUAAAAAUAAAACACGAUGCCUUGAAGGAGAAAUUAAUAUAAAAGGAUCUCUACUUGGAAUAGAUAAUCCAACAAUCAGAGGAUAUUGGUCUCAAAAGAAUAAAUUCGUUAUUACUGAAUGGCCAAGCCUUUGCCAAAUGUUUUGGGAGGCAGCAAAAUUCGCAAACAUUAUUGAAAAAGCUUCAGUUGGUUUAGUUGGUUUAUGCGAAGUUAUUUCAGAUCUUAACUUUGAAGAAGGUUUUGAUUGUCACUUCGAUAUUAAUUUAAAGCAACUUGAACCACAAAGUGAUACUUUAGUUACUUUUUCAGUUACGGGAAAAUAUUUAAUAAGGAUAAUAGGAGGAAGAGAAAAGUCAACAGAAAUUUUAGAAAUUGAUAUUCCGUCAUCAAUUCAAUUUGAUAUUAUAUAUCCAAUACAUGAUAAAGAUAUACCAAGCCGUUUAUUAAAAGAUUUUAAAGAGCAACUACCAAAAAGUGCCGUAAAAUUUGUGCAAAAUCUAUUAAAAGAUCCUGAAAAGUUUGUAAAGUUUUUAAACGGCUUAUCAAUUGCUACUUUAAUUAAAUUAAGCGAAAGUUCUUUAAAAGGAUUUGUAUGCUUAAUUGACGAUGAAAUAAAUAAAUUAUCAAAAGCUACAUCAGAUGCAAUGAAAAAAUGUGCCAAGAACAUUUUAGAGACUAAACAACCUAAACAUAGUCCUAAAAAAAUAGAAGGGGGCAUUAAAGCAGUUGAAGAAGCACAAACGUUAAGUAGUGCUAUAGAAUUGGCUAGUCCACUGCUUUUAAUGACUGGAGGGUGGCUUGGAUAUUUUAGUGUUGCUAUCGAGUUAAUAACAAUUGAUCUAAAAAAUCUUUAUGGUAAUCAAUCUAAUGAAGAAAAAGAAAUUAGAAAGAAUAAAAGCGAAAUGGUAGAACUUGAUAAAAGGAUAAAAAAUGCAGUAGAAAGGUUUUUAAAAAUGGAUUAUUUAACUCCGGAGUUGGAAUUUUGUUCGGAUAAUACUUUAAAAAUCAAAUGGAAUAUUCCUAUAAAUGCGGCAAAUGACAAAUUAGCCGAUAAAAUUCGUUAUAAAUUGGACUUUAUUAUUUUUGGAAAAGAAAUAAUAAAAACGUAUAUUAUUAUUGGGAAAAAAGAAAUAGAAAGUGAUAAAUCGGAUAAUAAAAUAUUAUCAUAUGUGUUAAGUAAUGAGUUAUUAAUGAAAUGUAAUAAAUGCUCGGUCAAAAUAACAGCAUUACUUCAAUAUGAUAAAGAUUAUUAUUCUGGGUCGCAAUCAAAAGAAGGAGAAAUCGAACAUAAACCUAAAUUGUAUCCUCCAACCAGGAUAAAGUUUGCAUAUAAUGCACACGAUAAAAUUCUUACCACUGAAAUAAUUUCAGAAGAUAAGGAUAUUCAGCAAUACUAUUGCGAAUUAAUCAAUCAUAAUGACGAUAAUAAUGAUGAUAUAAAUGUAGUUUAUCAUGAAACUAUAAACAUAAACACUUUAGAAAGUACAUUAUUGAUAAUUAAUGCAGAGGAGAAAUUAAUUUUUUGUUCUGGUGGUAGAUAUAAGAUACGAUGUUCAACAAAAUCAACUAAUUGGAAAGAUAGUGAAUUUAAAUAUUCUGAUGAAGUAAUACCACGACUACCUUCUCCUAUAUCCGUAGAAUUUAAACGUUUUUAUGACACUAAAAAAGAUGCAGAGUAUCUUAAAAUUCAUGUAAAAGAUAUAACAGACCAACAAUUGCGUGGUUAUACAUACGAUGUUAUAAAUGACAAUGGCGUUAUUUAUUCUUUGCCAAAUGAGGAAGUAUCAAUGAAUCCUCCAAAUUUAAAAUUAGAUGAAUUAAGAAGGAUUACAAAACAACCCAUCAUUGAACAUUAUAUACGCAUAAAGAAAAUUGCAAAAGAGGAAUCCAAUUGGAUGGAUUCGGGUUAUACAUUAUCUAGUAAAUCGUUUAAAUUUUUAUCUCAGGUAAAUAACAUCAAAGGAUCAUAUAAUAUAAAUAAUAAUGUAUUGGAAAUUAUGUGGGAUCCAGUUGAAAAUGCAUCACAAUAUGAAGUGUUCUUACUUGCCUUUGGUCAACGUUUGAGUUUUAAUAAAAUCCCAGAAACUUUUAUUGAAUAUGAUAUGCAAGAAUUUGAAAAGCAAAUAAUGAAUUCUGGCUGUCCAAUUAUUACAUAUACUUGCACGAUUCAAGCAGUAAAUGGUAAAGGAUCUUUUGAUGGACCAGUAGCUCAUAUUAAUAAAGGCUUUAAGCAACUUCCAAAACCAACAAAUGUUAAUAUGGAAAAAAUUUCAAAUAAACUCCAUAUCACCUAUACACCAAUUACACUUUCGGAUAAUUUGAAAAAAGACUUUAAAGGAUAUAGGAUUAAUUUAUGUAAUAUACAAUCACCAAAUGAACGUUUAGUAGCUAAAUCACCUUUAAUUGAAGACAUCAAUUCAGGAUGUCAUGAUUUCCAUUUUGAAGAUAUUAAAUUUGAGGAAGUUAAACAUGAACUAUCUCUUGCUGAAAUACGAGAAAUACACGACUCACCAGAAAUUGCAGAAUUUCAUGCUUUUGCACAAUCAAUUGGCGAUAAAGAUGAAUUUGAUAGUAUUAUUGCAAAUUCAAAUUCUGUAGUUACCCAAUUUAAAGCACCUGAAAACAUAUUACUUGAGCUUGAAAAACAAGAGUUUUCCGUAACCUAUUUCGCACCAACUGAGGGUUUUUACGAGGCACAAAUCAUAGACAAUAAUGAUCACAAUAAUAUAUUUGGAGGAGCAAAGAAGAAAGCUUCCAAUGGGAAUGAUGAAAUUAUUAUUCAAGGGUUAAACUUGAAAAAGGAUAUAGAAUACAUUGCACGAUUAAGAAAAGUCGUACAUGAUGAGAAUCCUGCUGAAAAUUUGCCUAGUAUUUGGCAAUUUUCAAACUUAAUUAAAAUAUAG